AUGAUCAACAUGCUUAUGAAAGUUGCCAGACAACUGCCUCGUCCCUUUAACAAACUAUGGCCUCAAAUCGAUGUCGAUGGGCUACCUUCUCCCCAAACACAAGCUGACAGCACAACCGGAGAACUACCGAUGGACACCACACCAAUCUCAUGGCGCGGACUAAUGGUAACCAAAGCCAUGCAUCAGCUCCUCCACUCAGUAUCAUGGGGUCCACUGGAUGUCUUAAUCCUCGACCUACCGCCAGGAACCGGCGACGUGCAACUCACAAUCAACCAAGAAGUCAUCAUCGACGGGGCAGUGAUUGUAUCAACGCCGCAGGACAUCGCACUCCGCGACGCCGUGCGCGGCAUCGGGAUGUUCCAGCGGAUGGAAGUGCCCGUGCUCGGAAUGGUGCGCAACAUGGCAUAUUUCGCCUGUCCACAGUGCGGGACUCAGACUCGCAUAUUCUCGCAUGGUGAUAGCCACCACCACGUGCACGGUGAGAACCACGGUGUCGUGGCUGAGUGCAAGCGACUCGGGGUGGACUUCCUUGGUGACAUCCCUCUCGAUGCCCAGGUGUGCGAGGAUGCUGAUCGUGGAAUGCCGACGGUCGUUGCGGAGGAGAGUGUUGAGCGCAGUGCGAGGCGAGAGGCUUUCCUUGGUGUUGCUGAGCAGGUGGCUCGGAAGAUUGGUCUUGAUUGGCACUGA